AUGGACACUUUGACCUCAAGACAUGAGGAGAGAGUGAUUCAUUCUCAGGACUCAGCCCCUGCGCAGGAAGGAGAGGAGAAGACCAAGUUUCAGGAGUCACUGACAUUCAAGGACGUGGCUGUGGUCUUCACCGAGGAGGAGCUGGAACUGCUGGACUCGGCCCAGAGGAGGCUGUACCAGGACGUGAUGCUGGAGAACUUCAGGAACCUGGUCUCUGCGGGACAACAACCUUUCAAGUCUGAUAAGAUAUCCCAUUUGGAACAAGAUAAAGAAACCUGGGUGAUGGAGAGAGAAAUUCCAACAGAUACGUAUCCAGGGUUCCCCUACACUUUUCAGAAAAUGACAUACCCAGAGUGA